AUGGGGAUUCCUCGAAGCGAGUUGACACCAACCGAUCAACCUUUUCAUGGAAUCACUCCCCAGUCUUCGUCCAAACCAUUGGGCAAGAUCACGCUUCCUGUGACUUUCAGCCAAGCGAGCAACUUCCGAACAGAGCAGAUAACAUUUGAUGUUGCUGAGUUUGACACAGCAUACAAUGCCAUCAUCGGAAGAACCGCACUCGCGAAGUUCAUGGCCGCAUCUCACUACGCGUAUCAGGUACUCAAGAUGCCCGGGCCGAAGGGAACAAUCACUAUUCAAGGGAACACAAAGCUGGCGGUCCAAUGCGACAAGCGGAACCUCGACAUGGUCGAGCACACGCCCAGCCCACCGGCCACAGCCGAGCCACCCAAGAAAAGAUAUAAAUGA